GUUGCCGUCGUUGGGCCGCGAAUCGCGGUGUUCGCGGUCGCGGUCGCGGUUCAGAUGUCCGAUGUCGAAGCAACGGAGGGCCCGUUCCCGAUUCAAGGUACAACAACCGCAAGGGUUAACCUUUACACGCGGAAGGAAGGAAUGCGAGAGCGAGGGUCCGAGCACCGAGGGCAACGAAACCGAAUAGCAACCACCUUACCAGCGAUAUCAGCAACGAGCUGCAAGGCUGCAAGCUGCAAUGAGCGUCGCGAGUCGCGAGCGAGUCGAGGUGAUAACUCCGCUUCGGUCUUUGGUUCUCUGUGGUGAAAACAGAGAUAUGGAGGAGUGGUUCAACACCCUGAGAACAGCGACGGAGACGCGUCCUCAGGGUGAUCCUGGAACUGCCGAGUUGCUGGAAGGUAAUCAUCAGUGGUAUGCGACUAGUCACGCCAGACCUACGUAUUGCAAUGUCUGCAGAGAUGCCCUACAUGGUGUUACUUCCCACGGUUUUAGUUGCGAAGCUUGUAAAUACAAGGUACACAAGAGAUGUAGCGCAAAAGCAAUAAAUAAUUGCAAGUGGACCACUUUAGCAUCUAUCGGAAAAGAUAUCAUUGAGGACCAAGAUGGGAACAUCACGAUGCCACAUCAGUGGAUGGAGGGAAAUUUGCCAGUGUCCUCAAAAUGCUUUGUCUGUGAAAAGACGUGUGGCUCUGUACUUAGGCUUCAAGAUUGGCGAUGUUUAUGGUGCAAAGCAACUGUGCACACAGCGUGUAGACCUGCCAUAGGUGUCAGGUGUCCGCUAGGACCAGCUAAACUCAGUGUAGUGCCUCCUACAGCUUUGCACAGUAUAGGUAGCGACGAAGCUUGGGAAGCAGUUAGACCUACGGGAUGCAGUCCACUUUUAGUAUUUGUAAACAGUAAAUCUGGUGACAAUCAAGGUAUUAAGUUUCUUAGAAGAUUUAAACAAUUACUGAAUCCCGCACAAGUGUUCGACCUUAUAAAUGGAGGACCAGGUCCAGGAUUAAGACUGUUUCGACACUUUGAUCCGUUCCGGAUUUUGGUGUGUAGUGGAGAUGGAUCUGUAGGAUGGGUGCUCUCAGAAAUCGAUCGGCUUGGAAUGCACGUGGGUAUAAACGCGAAACAAUGUCAGGUUGGGGUAUUACCUUUAGGGACUGGAAAUGACUUGGCGCGCGUGUUAGGCUGGGGAUCGUCGUGCGACGAUGACACACAUUUACCUCAGCUACUGGAGAAGUAUGAAAAAGCGAGCACGAAGAUGCUGGACCGAUGGAGUAUUAUGACAUUCGAACGCAGCAUAUCUCUGCCAUGUCACAAAGUGACUCAGCCCGACCCGGCUAUAAAAUCGAGCAUAGCUCAUCAGUAUGAAGACAACGUUCUUGCUCAUAUAACGAACAUUUUGCAAUCUGAUCAGGAGAACGUAGUUAUAUCUAGUGCCAAAGUUUUAUGUGAAACAGUAAAAGAAUUUGCAACACAUAUACUGGAAGCCAGUCUAAACACAGGGGACCAACAAUUGGGAGAAAAAUGCACAAUACUUCAACAAAAACUUGACCUCUUAUUGCAAACAUUAUCGAAAGAGGAAAGCUAUUUAUCCGACGACACAGAAGAAACUGACAUUGGCACUCUAAAAACUGAAACUUUUAGUAGUAUCCAGGAGAAAGGUGCUUUAGAAAAGCCAGAGAAGGAAAUGACAAAUUUAAAAAAAGUUAAAAGAAGAAGAUGUUACAUGGAGAGAGAUGUUGUGAUGUCUAGAGCAAACAGCUUGAAAAGAGCUAUCAGGAGGUUAGUGGAACACACGGAAACGGCUGUUGACGAGCAGAACAAUCCUUCGAUCGAGAAGCAAGGCGGUAAGAUGCCAAAUAUCACCAUAAUAUCCGAUGGUUCUCCAAUAAAUAUUGUGACAAGCAAAAAGCAACAAUUAGAUAUCCCUGGUUUAUCGCAAACAGAUCAAACCGACAACGCAAGUUUAAUACCGACUGUAGAAUCCGGUAGCAGCAUAGAGAUUUCUCCUUGCCCAAGUCCUACUCCUAACGUGGCAUCUUUGAGCCCAAUGCCGGAUUUAAGGAGAGACUCGCAACCUGAAGAAUUACUUACUCUUCCUGCACCCGACGGUUUCGCCGACAGUAGACGAAACAGCGAAAACAUACCACAGGGAGUUUUCAGUUUUGACCUGGCUGCGGCACAAACUGCCGGUAAUCAACAAGAAGAUCAGGCAACUACUAACGAAAAUAAUUUCCUAUCGUCUGAACCGACGCAAAUAGAAGUUUCUUCCGACGGUCCUAUAACCGUGACAAAGGACGUUUUAGAUACAAGUACACCAUCAGACGAUGAGACCAUGCAAGAUACUAUCGUUUCUCCUGACACGGAUUCGCUUCAUUCUAGAAACAUUUCUCCGGAGCACGUGCAAAAACCCGCGAUAGCCAAAUUGGGACCCCGAGGUAGCUGUACUAACAGUAUCGUCAGUACAGAUAGCAUGGUUUCCGAAACUUUUGAUUCCAGGAGUUACACCGUGCGAAAUAGCGAGAGCGAAAUUGGGCAUAUAGACAGCGAUAUAUUCGACUCCACGAAAAGAUCGGAAAGCUCGGAUAUCGGACACAUUGACUCGCCGGAUAAUUCCGAUAUGCUUUCCAGCGAAACUCAACGUUCGGAAAGCGGUUUGGAGGAUUUAAGCUCCCUCGGACAAGAUGUGAUCAGCGCGAUAAUGGGUGAGAAGUAUGAUUCUGUCAGAGAAGGCUUAGAGAUCGAACAGUCGCAUAGAUAUUGCGGUUUAGCUCAAUUCAACGAAGGUAACGACAUCGGAAGACAAUCGUUCAAGAAGAGCACAAAAAAUAUGAAGACGGAUAAAGAGGCAAUGCUAAGUAAAUAUAAAACGGACGGUUUGACAACGUGUGUACGUGUCUCAGGGAUUAAGUCGACGCAAUCUGUAGAGACGAACGUAGUACCGGUAUGCUUUCCCGUCACGCAGACCAAUGAGAAAUGUUCCAUAAAUUUUCCGCCACAGAUCAGUGUUUUCGUUGAUCCACCAAGCCCAUCGUUGUCAAUUGAGAGUCAUCACAAGCUUAAUUUAGAUAAUAAAUUAGAUCCUCAUGACAAGCAAUACAGUAGCGGCAACAGUAUGGAAAGGCUAAGCGUGGAGCUGCCCGACUCUGGCUUCUCUCCGCAAGCUACACGGCGUAUAAGCAGUGGCAGUUUGUUGAAGGCAUCGGAAGUUGUGUCGUUGGCUGCAACUACCGCUCGUCUAGGUGGCUCGAGCAUGAGCUUGCGCCACGAAAGAGCGAAAUCUGUGGAUAAGACGGAGGAUGUGAAAAAACUUCCUAUUAUAAAUCCUUUGGUUCGAUUGCCUAUGUGGCCAAAUGUAAGUGGCGGAGCUGGUCUCAUCAGUCAAGCAUUGCUGGCAAAUGCGGAUGCUCUGUGUGCAGCGGUAUCGCCUUUAAUGGAUCCAGAUGAAACAUUGAUGGAAGGUUACUUCGAACGAUGCGUCAUGAACAAUUACUUCGGUAUCGGCAUAGACGCGAAGAUCAGUCUCGACUUCCACAAUAAGAGAGAGGAGCACCCUGAGAAAUGUCGAUCGCGCGCCAAGAACUACAUGUGGUACGGUGUCUUGGGAUCUAAACAGUGGAUACAGAAGACUUACAAAAAUCUUGAGCAGAGAGUUCAGCUGGAGUGCGAUGGUCAAAGGAUACCGUUACCUUCUCUGCAAGGGAUCGUUGUAUUAAAUAUACCGAGUUUCAUGGGCGGUACAAACUUCUGGGGAGGUACGAAGGAAGGGGAUCUAUUCUUAGCACCGUCGUUCGACGAUCGCAUAUUGGAAGUAGUGGCAGUUUUCGGAUCUGUUCAAAUGGCUGCUUCGCGGCUCAUCAAUUUGCAGCAUCACAGGAUAGCCCAAUGUCAGACGGUCCAGAUUAAUAUCUUGGGGGAAGAGGGUGUUCCUAUACAGGUCGAUGGUGAGGCUUGGAUUCAACCACCUGGUAUUAUAAGGAUUAUACACAAGAAUCGCAUGCAAAUGCUUUACAGAAAUAGGGCACUCGAAACCUCAUUAAGAGCAUGGGAGGAGAAGCAGCGCAGCACGUUAAGCGCCGUAACUCAAUCCACUUCCACUAUAAGCAAUGCAUCGCAAUCGCAGUCUCAGGCACAGUUGCAAAUAUGUAGUAAACCUCCUCAGUUGAGCGAUGAGGAACUCAACAUUCUAUUCAAUUUCAUUGAGGCCGUAACGACCUUGGUCAAGUGGGUAAAACUGCUAAUUAUAUCACAUCCAAGUCUGGAACCAGAUCUGUACCAAGUAGCCUCGCGAACAGCAAAUGCGCUUGAGCAAGUACAUCCGGACGGUAAAAUCUUGCAAGGGAUAAGCCUGAGACCCAUGGUGACCGAGUUGGUAUCAAGCGCGCGGCAAUUGUAUGAGGAAUCUUGUGAGUUACUGCGAGAUAAAGCCCAUAAUUUGAAAUUACGAGAGGAUUUAGAAAACAAGUUGUCCCUAUCUCUAGCGAGUAUGGAACAGGAAUUACGAAAGUGUACCUUUGACGAAGGAGGCACAGGACUGGUUUACUUGCAAAAUAUUCUCAUGGACGAUCAGGGAGAUAAAAAAAAUCGUCAUCGAGGGUUGUUCUGGUUAAAGUUCCGUCGCUUCGCUGGCAACUCGGGCGGCGCGGGUCAUCCGGCACGAGAUCAGGUCACAACGUGGGGCGUGCAGGAGGUAUGCACCUGGCUAGAGAAUCUACAGCUGGGAGAAUACGCUGAGAAAUUUGUGUCUCACGAUAUACGCGGUAGAGAGCUAUUGACCCUAGCCCGUCGAGAUCUAAAGGAGCUGGGCAUCACCAAGGUGGGGCAUGUUAAACGCAUCUUACAGGCCAUCAAUGACCUCAACAAUUGAGUCAUUGAGACACGUCACUGAUUGUGAGUCGCGUUCACGUAGAAACAAAAAAAAUUCUGCAUCUCCGAAGCGAGGAAUACGAUCGCGUAGGUAGGUAGCCGGCAGUAGCGAAAGAGAGUCCGUGUUUCUGAAGUUUUAUUCCAAAUGCGCUAUUAUAAGUCGACAGGACGGAAGAAGAUAGCUUAGAAUCGAAUACUUGACAAAGAGGACUUUCAUAACACACAAAAUAAGUCUAUCCGAGGAUAGAUAGAUGGACAUAUUAUAUUCUUGCCCUAAAACGUUAAUUAUGUUAACCACAAUCCUCCCGACCCAAGUGACAUUGUGGGUAUUAGACGAAAGGGUAAUGUUCAUUACGGUAAAUAUUACUGUGGAAAGAAAGUAUCCUUCUAAGCUGACUGUUACUGUAUGGUAGGAAACCACUUUGCCUGUGCCAAAUAUCUAUUCUACACAUACUAGAACUAACAAGAAGCAAAAGCUGAAUUUGUUAUGCAGCGACAAAUUUACAGGGCAAUUCUAUUUAUAUAUCUAGACACUUUUGUGUGUAUGUGUGUGUUGUGUGUACGUGCGUGCGUGUACAAAGUACAAAAUAUGAGACGCAUCAUCCCCCAAGGGGAUGUAUUUUACUUAAUUCUCUUACCGAAGCGUUAUAGAAUCCAUGACGAAGACGAAAGUCUCGUAUAAACUGCACACACGUACGGAGUAGAUAUUCCUUGUAAAAUAGCAAACUUUUUAUAUCACUGACUAUUAUUAAGAUAACUUACAAUGUCUCGGGUAUAUUUAGCAACUGCUGCGUGUAUUCCUACCGUUUGAAAUUGAUGAGUCUUACACGCGGCACGAAUAUUUUAAACUCGCGAGUACCGCAUACUUGGGAAAGCGUUUCUUAUGUCUUUCACGAAAAUCAAUUUAUAUUAUAUCUGUAUUCUUUAACUUGUCAAUUUCGGUCAAUUUGUUUCGUCUACUAUUACUUCUUUUUACUGUUAUUACGUCUCUUAUUACGUCUUCUAUUACUUCUUUCGACUUUCGAGCUACUUAUAGAUAAUAUAGAUAAUAUGUGAUGACGAGACUGUAUAAUCCUGUAAUUAUACACGCAGAUUUUUUGCUUUCUCGGUUGUUUAAUUCGGUUGUUUGUUAAUGAUUAGUUCGAAAAGCAAUGCUUGGGCCAAGAUGUAUAUGAAAGUGAAUUUACAUAUAUUAUGGCAAUAAAAAACGAUAAUUGAGAAGAGCUAGAAAUGCAAAAUGUAUGCUAUAGUAGUUCUAAAAAGUUGGCAAAAGAGUUAUUGUGUAUAUAAUAAGAAUAUUUUUCUUCUUCCUACGGAUUCGCAGGUUGGGUUCCUUGUUUUGUGAGCUUCUUACCCUGCUUCCUUAAUAAAACUAGUCUUCACUAUCUUAUCUGUGUUGAGUUAUAAAUUUAUCUAUUUUUAUAAUCUGUAUUAUCUGUAACAUUCUCCAAUAAUCGAUUAUUGGUCGUGUAACAGUACAAUUAUUUAGAUAGAGUCGCUCGCUGCUAAUUUUCUAUCAGCGUAAAAAUCAAAUAUUAUUGCUAUAAUCAUAUUCACAAUCGAACAAGUUGCAGUGCAAUUUUCCCACUUUCCGACAGUUGUUUGUUCGUAUGUCCUUACUUCGAUAUUAUGUGAUAAUUAAAAAAUCUCGAUAUGAAAACGUAUUUGUAUUACACUUUUAGUAUUACAUUCCGUAAUACGUAGUACGUAGUUCUCACAGUUACAAAUAGAUGAACAUAUUGUAGUGACACUUAGACACUUACAAUUAGUCUUAUACGAUAAAACAAAUAAUAAUAUGAAUCAACAUACAUGCGAUGAUAUUAGCUAAUGAAACUUAAAACGAAGUCUAAUCAAACUACGAUUACUAUAUAAUUAUACAGAGAAUGCUAUUCUUAUCGUAACAGAAGAAUGUAAACUCUUUAUUUAAGCGAUGUAGAUUACCACAGGUUCUAAUGUUAAUGCAUUAUGACGACUUACUUAUUUUUGUCUUUUAUACAAUGUCUUUUAAUACAAGACACUAACGAACUUAAUUUAACAGCUUAUUUGCGCAACAUAAAAAAAAUGUCUUUACAUUUCGAUGUAUAUCUGAAAGGACAAAAGUGCCUAUAUGCUAGGAGUCACUAAAUCUUACAUACAGACAAGGAAAACGGACGUAAAGUCUAUAUGUUACAUAUACAUGAAUGUUACAUGCAUUAAUCACAUUGUAUAUUAUCCUCUUUUUAUUUUUAAUUUAGAAAUACGAAAUUAUAUAUAAUUCGUGACUGCAAUAUCUACAGGUGUGUGUUUUUGUCUUAUGUAACUUUAUGAAAACUAUGUCAUUACAAUCAUGCGACAAAACGUUGCACCUCAAUAGAUAACAUUAUUGCAAUAAUGUAAUACAGUAUUACGUAGAAUAAUAUUAUAUUCGAUAACUUUUAAUUUAUACAAUGUAAUGCAUCUUUGAGGAAGAAUUAAAAAUCAUUCAG